UGCUGUGUGUGCUUGCAGCCCGGUCACGCAGCCCGCUGUGUGGUUUGUUGGCGGUGCGGAGCAGGUGGACACCCGUACUCCUUCUACUGCGCAGCCUGCGGCGCCUUCUUAGAAGCCCCACCCCCUCCCACAUCCUGUGGUGACAUCACAUUACAUCAGGCUGCAGCUUCCCAUGAUGCCACCUGGCAGGCCACGCCCUCACCUGUCCCCGCCCCCAGCACAAAGUCAGCCCCGCCCACCUGCGAGCAGUCCACACAAACUGUUGGACUCUAUUACCCAUCAGCCACUGAGCUGCAGAGGAAGGAGCAACAGAGGAUGCAACAACUCAGCCGGCAACAGGCAACCAGAGACCGCCAACCGCUACUGACCGCCAUCAGCCCGGGCCGAGGUUUCUGGAGGAAGCAGCUGGAUCACGUCUGUGCUCACCUGAGGAGCUUUGCUCAGAACAACACCUCCUUCAGGGCUCUGCUGGGAGAGCCGCGCCUCGGACGGAUGGUGUCCGCUGUGGUUCAGGAGGAUCGUCAUGAAGUCAGCGUGAUGCUCAGCUUCGUGUCGGCCGGACGGGAACAGCAGCAGGUGAGUCCGGCAGGUGUCGGAGCUGCAGGCCGAACCGGGACUCUGAGCAGCGUCACCGAGAGAUUCGCAGACAGCAGCAGCUUCGGAAGUGAGCGUCCGUCUGCGGUGACGAAACCUCCCGGACUGAAGACCACACCCAAACCUCCGGCGAAGGACUUACAGCUGCUGAAGGAGCUGGGUCCAGGUCCCGGUCGAGGUCAGCUCAGCAUCAUCCAGCAGCUCCUGGACCAG